AUGCUGAUAGGACUCGUUCGUGACUCGGUUAUGCAGUGCUUCUGCCACACGUGCAGAGCACCUGUACUACCCGCAGUGCAUAGGCGGGGAGCACCAGUGAAGAAACCCGUCGGGAAGCCACGGACUAAACAACCAAAGAAAGUCAAAUUCAUCACUACUGAAAUCCGCUGCCAAGAGAUGUCGAAGGGAGGUCUUGCGUACGAAGUGAUACUCGCCGAACCGGUGGGUGUCCCAGUUCCACGCCGGGCUGACUCUCCCGAGAAGACACCAUCAGUUGAAGAGAUCCAAGAGAAACUGAAGGCUGCUGAAGAGAGAAGACGCAGCCUAGAAGCAAGCAAGAUGGCUGUAAUCGCUCAAAAGAUGGCAAAGAUUGAGGAAGCGUCGAAGAUCCGUAGCGAACAGACGAAUAGUUUCAUUUCCGCAACGAAAGAGGCCCUGGACGCGAAGAUGGACUCGCAUGAAGAGAAACGUGAGGCUUACAUCAACGAAUUGCGUGCAAGGCUGAAGGAUCACCUUGAGGGUGUCGAGAAGACCAGGCUGACUUUGGAGCAACAGACUUCUGAAGUGUACAAGGCGAUCGAAGAUAAGAUGACCACGGCAGCUGACAAGCGUGACGAGAACAUUAAGAAGAUGCUUGAGCGCCUUCGUGAACAUGAGGAGCAAGUGCGCAAAGUACGUUCCGGAAACCAAGAGCGUUUCCAGCAGCUUGAAAGCGCGAUCCAGGAUAAGCUACAGCAGGCUGCCGACAGGCGUCUUCAGCUUGAAGCCGAGCAAAAAGAGAAGUUGCGCAACCACAACAAUAAACCGGCCGAAGUACGAUCGGUGCUGUCUGCGAAGGUUGAGGAAAUAACAAAGGAUAUAGAAACCAAAUUGACGGCCGCCGAACUCAAAAGGGAGAGGGAGAUGCAGAGGAAACUCGAUUUUGUUAAAAAGGAGGAGCGACGUGCUGAGAUGGUUCGGCAGAACAAAUCUGCACGCGCUGAGAGCGAGGCUCCAACCAACUAA